GUUCGAGGUCGAAAAUGCCUUGUGUUAGAUCCAAAUAUCAGCGGGCCAUUAAGCUUAGUGGCAGAAUUUUCAUUGUUGAAGGAUCAUGGAGUAGAAAAAAUGCAUUAUCUUCAGCAAGGUCCUCUGAAUACAGAACUUCGUAGCGUGAUUUACAUAUGUCGUCCUUCUUUACAAUAUAUGAAAUACAUUGCUGAACAUAUUCGAACGCAUCAGUUAGAGAAUUCUAGUAGUACUGCAAAUGGUGAUCAACAAAAAUACGAAUAUAAUUUGUUUUUUGUGCCUCGACGAACGAAAAUCUGUGAAAGAGUUUUAGAAGAGGCGGGUAUCACCCUUGGCGAAUAUCAUUUGGAUUUGAUUCCUUUCGAAGAUGAUUUGUUAUCGAUGGAAUUGGAGAACACAUAUAAAGAGCUUUAUUUGGAUGGUGAUUACACGGCAAUUUAUUAUGCUGCCCGUGCGUUAAUGAGACUACAGACACUAUUUGGAUUGUUUCCUAGAAUAAUUGGGAAAGGAGAUUGUGCAAAGCAUCUUGCAGAUAUGCUUCUCCGCAUGCGUAAGGAAGUUGCUAUAGAUGACCCGUCACCCAUGCUCUCCACUUCGCAAAACAUCGAUUCUCUCAUUAUAGUUGAUCGUUCGGUUGAUCUAAUUACUCCUUUGUGCACCCAAUUAACCUACGAAGGACUUAUUGAUGAAAUAUUCGGAAUAAGAAAUUCUUUUGUAGAAGUUGACUCUUCAAUAGUGGGACCUGCUCAGACGAGAAGUGCUGCAGAUAUGAAUUUUGCAGUUGUAGGUGGCGUUUUGAAUAAGGUAGCAAAAAGGAUCAACGAGGAUUACGAAGGAAGACAUCAAGCUAGAACUGUUGCUCAGAUUAGAGAAUUUAUGAAUAAACUUGGGGGACUGCAAUCAGAGCAUAAUUCUUUAAAAACACACACUGGAAUUGCAGAAGAAAUAAUGGCACAUACUGUCACACCUGAAUUUAAUAAAGCUCUUGAAGUUCAACAAAAUCUGGUUGCUGGGAUUGAUAUUGUCACACAAAAUGAUUAUAUUGAGGAAAUGAUAGGUCGUCAAGUUCCUUUGGUACAGGUCUUGAGAUUAUUAUGUCUGCAGAGUUUAGUGAAUGGUGGAAUCAAACCAAAGAGUUUUGAUUUUUUCAAAAAGGAAAUUUUGCAGACUUACGGUUUUGAACAUCUUCAAAGCCUUUUAAACUUGGAACGUCUUAAUUUGUUUAUUAAACAAGUCACAACUAAAAACCCGUAUCCACCAGUACGUAAAACCUUACGAUUAAUUGUGGAUGAAGUUGACGAGCACAAUCCUCAAGAUAUUUCAUAUGUAUACUCUGGUUAUGCGCCAUUGAGUGUACGCCUAGUGCAAUGUGUAGUCACGAAAGGGGGCCCACCUGCUUUGAUGAAUCCUUUAGCAGCGUUUGGUGGUGGUUCCGUUGGAAAUGUUGGAAAAACUAAUGGGUGGAAAGGUUAUGAAGAAGUUUUGAAACUUUUGCCUGGAAAAACUUUUGAUGAAAUUCAGAAAUUAGAAGGAGCUAUUCAGGCAAAAAAAUUAAUUCCUGGUCAGCAACCGCGUGUUACGCUUGUAUUCUUUUUAGGUGGUUGCACAUAUACCGAAGUUGCGGCAAUACGAUUCAUGGCACAACAAGAUGAGGGACAACGAGAGUUUAUAAUAGCAACAACACAAAUUAUUAAUGGUAAUUCUUUAUUGGAUUCUGUUCUUCAAAAAGUGGACCAUGAAGCAACUAGCAAGUCUUCAGCCGCUUGA